GGAGAGAGAGAGAAGAGCGGUUGUUAUCCUUUUUAAAGCGAUUUUUGGUGUGAUUUAUUGGGGAAGCUGAAGAGGAUUUCCCCUUCGUGGUGCUGGAGACGAAUUCGAGUCAUGGAUAUCACUUGUGCUUUUGCAACCUAUGGAACAUGUGUUGAACGAGAGACGGAAGUUCGAGAAAAUGUCCAGGCCGCAGUGAAAGACCUCGAGAAAACUUCAUACACCAUCAAUACAGGGCUUGAAAAGAUGCAUAACACUAGAGGGAUACAGAACCUCCAGUCAAUCUGUGAGGAGUGUGUUACCCAGUUAGCAAGCGUACCAGCACUGUAUGAAGCCUUGCAGGAGAAGGUUCCUGCAGGCGAGUACUACCGUUUCCACCACAACUUCCGAGGGACCACCCAGCGCCUCGUUGCUGCCACCUGCCUCAUCACGUAUCUGCGAGAAAAUCGACUCGCACCACAUGAAGAAGUGGCACAAUCCCUAGGCCUUUGUACGCAGCGGGAGAAGGGUUUCCACCUCGACCUGGAGGACUACCUUCUGGGAACGCUCAGCAUCAGCCAUGAGUUGGCAAGACUGGCUAUCAAUUCAGUCAGUGCUGGCGAUUACGCACGGCCCUUCCAGAUACAGCAGUUCCUAAGAGAUCUGCAUGCAGCGUACUCCCUCCUUUUCCCAAAGAACGAAUUACGCAAGAAAUUUGAUGAGCUCAAGUACGCUCUGAAGAAGACCGAGGAGGUGGUUUAUAAUCUCUCACUCCGAGGUCUGAAACCCCAAGACAGUGAGACUUCUGGAUAAUUGCCGUUAAUUUUGUCUGUUUUGUUUUGAGGGAUUUUCAAAAACUCCGUUCUGAACUUUAAUCGUCUCCGUAGCAACUUUGUGAAGAAGGCUCAUGUCGUGUGUUGCAGAGUUCGUUUAUUUUUUACAGAGACAUUGAUUUUCCUUUGUAGAACAAAGGUUCUUUGAGGUUCGUGUUUUAUUCAUGUUUGCUGGAGAAAUGUGUCAGUUUUGUUUACACUGACAUAGUGUUUUUUAUUAUCAUUACCUUUUUUUGUGGUUUCAGAUAUAUAUAUCCAUGCUUAUAAAUUGAUAUGUCAUAUGAAAAGAGAUUAACUAGAGCAAGUACGCAUUGAAUGAGAGAAAAAUAACAUGGAUAAAGCCAGGGGGAGUAUACACUAAAGUUUGUAGGCCUUGGUGUUUGAGUGAUAAAACGUCUUUGACUCCAAAAUUUAGUCUAUGACUUUUUAUGAAAAUGUCUUUUAACACCCGAUUUUUGUCUGACUUGGCUGAAGUUUAAUACAGGACUGUGGUGUCCCUCACUUGUAAGGACUGUCUUUAAAUUAUCCUUUUGAAAUGCAGACAACACAAUUUAAUUCUAGUUAAGUGUUUAAUAUGGGGCAACAGUGUGAGUCAGAAAUAGUCACUAGUACAGUCUAAAGACACUCAUAUAUAAAUUCUAUGCAAUCAAAGUCGGUCAAAAGACAGUCAAAGGUUGUUUUUAGGAAAACAGUCCUUAAAUUUUUCAAAGAAAAUUCUAUGACCUUUAGUGGAUAUUGCCCCUGGUGUUUAAUUAUUUCAUUAGAGUAUCAUUCCUUUUAUAUAUUAAGUUGAGUAGACAGGAUCAGUUUUAUUCCAUUUUUUUUUCUUUUCUUUUUCUUUUCUUUUCUUUUCUUUCUUUUUCCAUUAUUUUCUUUUUUUCAUGUAAAAGGACACAAAGGCAGCUUAUCAUUUUCAUUGAAUUUCCCGUUUCAUAUUCUUGCCGUCAUAUCAACUGAAAGAGUACCACUUGGAGAGCCUGUGCUCCAUUUCUAUUUGUGUCUUUGUUGUCGUAAGUAGCUACCUGGGAGGGAGUUAACGCGUUAAUCAAGAUGUGCAGUAUACAUAGUUGAUUGGGAGCGUGUAACUGUUUCAUUUGUUUUACUCUCCACAGCCAGAACAACAAAGGCAUUUUCGUUAGGGAUUAAAGGAAAGUUGAUGUGAUAAGUCUGUACUCUAGGUUAUUUAUGCUUUUUAGUUGUACUUUCAUGUGAUUAUAACGUGAAUUUACACAGGCAUUGCAUUUUUGUUUGCUUUGUGAAAUGGAAGAAAUGAUACAGGUUUCAUUUACGUUUGUAGUUAGCCACUUAAAAGGCCCUGAUUUAACAAAGGGACUCUCUGAAGUAUGAAAAAUAUUUUAUAUAUAUUCAUAUUGACUUAACAUGCAUUUAAGCAUCAUUUUGAAAGUUAAAAGGGGAUUUUAAGGUGACCAUCUGGUUGAUUUUUUUUCUUCUUCUCUUUUUUCUUUCUUUUUUCUAUUAGUUUAUUUUAUUUAUUUAUUUUUUUCAAUGUUUGGAAGCUCAGGCUGAAUGUGCCAGUAUGUUGUUGCAGGGUUGAACUCUCAUACCCGAACUCAUUUUCUUAAAUAAUAAAAGUCACUAGGAUA